AUGUUUUUAUCAUCUUCGCUGAGAUGUGUAACUGUCAUGCUGCUACUUGACCUGGUUUGCGCCGGUCGACUUCUCUGGAGAAUGAAAGAGCAAUUGCAUAAUAUCCAACAGGUCAGAACAAAGCAGCAUGUGAUGACACACCCCUCCACAGCUAUUCCCAAAGAAGGCAGAAUUCAUCAACCACUGAACCAUUUAGACAUAGAAAACGCCAAAACCUUUCCUCAGAGAUUCUUUGUGAAUGACAUUUAUUGGCAGCGAUCAGACGGACCAGUCUUUCUCUACAUAGCAGGAGAGGGCCCCCUCUCUAAAUUCAGUGUACUGUACGGUCAUCAUGUGGAAAUGGCAGAGAGACACGGAGCUCUUCUGGUAGCUCUGGAACACCGCUUUUAUGGGGAAAGCAUUAACCCUGAUGGUCUGGAAACACAGCAGCUGAAAGAUCUCUCCAGUCAGCAAGCUCUGGCUGACCUGGCAGUGUUUCAUCGUUAUAUCAGCCAGCGUUUUGGCCUCUCUUAUAAGAACACCUGGAUCAGUUUUGGGGGUUCCUACGCGGGAGCUCUAUCGGCUUGGUUAAGAGGGAAGUUUCCUCAUCUCAUCUAUGGAGCGGUGGCGUCCUCCGCUCCUGUUCACGCCCAGCUGGACUUCAGCUCAUAUAAUAAGGUGGUUGGUCGUAGUCUUAUGAAUAAGGCAGUCGGAGGCUCUAAAAAGUGUUUAACAGAAGUGAGAGAGGCGUUUGCCGCAGUGGAGGCCGCUCUGCUGAUGGGGAAUGAAAUCCAGCUUGCCAAAGACUUCGGCUGCUGUGAGACCCCCAUAAAACCACAAGACAAGACUGAAUUUAUGCAGAGUUUAGCAGACAUCUUCAUGGGCACCGUCCAGUACAAUGAGGAGGGGGUUGCAUUCAACAUCGAGGAGCUUUGUCACAUUAUGACCAAUAAGAGUGAAGCUUAUAAUCAGAAGGAGGAGGCAUACGACCGUCUGAUCAAACUAGUGGAGAUGUAUCGUGCAAGGGUGGACGCAACUUGUCUGGAUGUCUCUCAUGAGACGUUUGUGCUUGAACUCAAUAGCACCACAGUUAGAUCCAGUUAUAGGCCGUGGUUGUACCAGACCUGCACCGAGUUUGGCUUCUAUCAGACAUGUGAGGAUGAUAGCUGCCCUUUCUCACACACGAUAAACCUCCAGUCUCAAGCCGAGCUCUGUUCUCAACUCUUCAACAUCCCGCAGUACAGUCUGCCUGUCUACAUUGACUUCACCAACCAGUAUUAUGGAGGAAACCGGCCACGAACACAGCGUGUGCUCUACAUCAACGGCAACAUUGAUCCAUGGACGGAGCUGAGCGUGACCUGGAAUGACACUUCGGAGGACAAUGACAGGGUCAUUCUUAUUAAUGGCACUGCACAUUGUGCUGACAUGAACCACAAUAAAGCUCUCGACAGACCUGCGCUGCACCGGGCCAGAAAGGAGAUUGAAAGACGUGUGGCCAUGUGGCUUGCGAUGCAAAAUGGCACUACAUGAUUUAUUCAGAUAUUUUGAUAUCAGCACCAGUAGCUUUGCAUUGAUGCUUUUACAUAUUGCUCAGCCACACCAAAAGAUAUCAAAG